AUGGCGAUCAUCUUGUUGCUCCUUCUACUGAGCAGCUUCACUCCCUUCCAGGGGACCGCCCAGUCCGCCGUGUUCUGCGACAACGUCAAGGCCAUCGCCUCCACCCUCCCCAACAAAACCUCCUCAUCCCCGGUACACUUCGCGACCGCCACCGUCGGCCAAGCCCCCGACGUCGUCUAUGCUCUGGCCCUCUGCCGAGGCGACAUCCUCGAUGACUCCACCUGUGCCAACUGCAUCACCAACACGUUCCAAUUCAUGUCCAACGCUACGCCAGCUGACGUGCAGUGCCAUGACGCCGGCUCCUUCUACGCCGACUGCAUCCUCCUCUACAACGGGAACAACAUCCUAGCGGCGCCCCUAAGUACCGUGGGAGAAUACGACGACGGCGUGCCGCCCUUCGAGAGAUGGAACGUCAAGAACGUCACCGGCGACGUGCCCCUCAUCACCGGCCUCAUCCACCAGUUACUGGUGGAGACCGUGGAUAAGGCUGCCAGCUCGACGCCGAGGCGGUUCGCCACGGGCGUCGUGGACAGCAACACCAACUUCCCGAGGGUCUACUCUCUGGCACAGUGCACGCCGGACCUCUCCUCCGGCGACUGUCUCUCGUGCCUGAAUCGUCUCCUCGGCAUGAUCAACUCCACCAUGGCCCUGCGCAUGGGAGGGCAGAUGGGUGUCAUACGGUGCUAUUUCAGAUACGAUGCGUCUCAGUUCUACCAGGGCAAACCCAUGAUAAGUCUCGGGCCGGCAUCGCCAGCUCCGGUUCCGGCUGAACAGCACAAGAGGCGGAAGAGCAAGCUGUGGGUAAUUCCUAUAGUUCUUGUUCCUCUAGCGGGAGCAGCAUUUGUGUGUGCCUUCUUAUACUUUCGUCGGCUCAAAAAGCAAAGAAAAGGUAAUGUGCUGAGAUUAGAAGGAUCCAGGAAUCAGGAUUCGGAAGGGGAGGAACAACUUGUUUGGCAAGGGAAAAAUUCAGAGUUCUCCAUGUUUGACUUUGAACAGCUACUAGCGGCUACAAAUAAUUUCUCAGAAGAAAACAAACUUGGGCAAGGCGGCUUUGGUGCUGUAUACAAGGGCAAGCUUCCCGAUGGGUUGUAUAUAGCAGUUAAGAGACUUGCUUCACAUUCAGGACAAGGUUUCACUGAAUUCAGAAAUGAAGUCCAACUCAUAGCCAAACUCCAGCAUAGCAAUUUGGUUAGGCUCUUGGGAUGUUGCUCUCAGGAGGACGAGAAAAUAUUGGUGUAUGAAUACUUGCCAAACAAGAGUUUGGAUUUCUUCAUCUUUGAUGAAAAAAGAAGAGCUUCACUAGAUUGGUCCAAUAUUAUAGCAGUUAUUGAAGGAAUAGCGCAUGGGCUUCUUUACCUACAUAAACAUUCACGUCUGCGUGUCAUACAUCGAGAUCUUAAACCAAGCAAUGUUCUCUUGGACAACGAAAUGAAUCCAAAGAUUUCAGGUUUUGGGUUAGCAAAAAUAUCCACCUCAAAUAACAAUGAAGUCAACACUACAAGAAGAGUGGUUGGUACAUAUGGUUACAUGGCCCCUGAGUAUGCUUCAGAGGGCAUAUUCUCAAUUAAAUCCGACGUCUUCAGCUUUGGUGUUAUUAUGCUCGAGAUCCUUAGCGGAAUACGAAAUUCUGGAAGCAAACAAUGUGGAGAUUUCAUCAAUCUUCUUGGAUAUGCAUGGCAAUUGUGGGAAGAAGGGAGGUGGGUUGAUAUCAUUGAUGCAACAUUGCUUCCCAAAAGUCACUCGGUGAAGAUGAUGAGGUACAUUAACAUAGCAUUAUUGUGUGUACAAGAGAAUGCAGCAGAUCGACCAACAAUGGCAGAUGUUAUAUCAAUGCUCAGCAGCGACAUUAUGAUCCUUCCUGAGCCCAUGCAACCGGCUUAUUUCAAUGUUAGAAUAGGAAAUGAAGAGUCGUCCACCACUAUUGAGUCAUGUAGUAUUAAUGAUAUUACCAUAUCUGUCACUGUUGGGAGGUAG